AUGCCUCGAGCGUCCGCGCGCGUCGCGGCGUCGCGCGAUGCCGACGGCGCGUCGCGCAAGACGUGCGUCGUGACGGGCGCGAACACCGGGAUCGGGCUCGCGACGGUGCGCGCGCUGCGGGCGUCGAACGAGUACUCGAAGAUUACGCUCGCGUGUCGAGACGCGAGCAAGGCGCGACGCGCGAUCGACGCGCUCGCGCGCGACGGCGCGGCGUCGACGUGCGCGCUGGUGUUUCGAGAGCUCGAUCUGGCGAGCGUCGCCAGCGCGCGGGACUUCGCGGCGUCGUACCUGGACGACGAGGGCGACGACGGGUUGGAUUGCCUGGUGAAUAACGCGGGCGUCAUGGCGGUGCCGAAACUCGAGCGCACGCGCGAUGGAUUUGAAUUGCAAGUCGGCGUGAAUCACUUGGGACAUCACGCGCUCACGGCGGGGCUGAUGCCGGCGCUGGCGAAGAGCGAGGACGCGCGGGUGAUUUGCGUGUCGAGCGAGGCGCACAGAAUCGCGGGGAAAGGCUUGGCGCGGGAGGAUUUGUUCGGGGAGAAGAAUUACAGCGCGUGGGGACAGUACGGACAGUCGAAGCUCGCGAACGUGUUGUUUGCGUUCGAGCUCGCGCGAAGGUGCGAAAGGGCGGGACUCGGGAACGUCACGGCGUCGGCGUUGCACCCGGGCGCCGUCGACAGCGAGUUGGGUCGAUAUCUCCAACCGCCGGAUGAAGAAAUCAAGUGGUGGCAGACGAAGCUGUACGAUUUCAUCAGAUUGAAUUUUUUGAAGACGACGGAACAAGGCGCGGCGACGAGCGUGUUUUUGGCUCGAGAGAUCGCGCGGGGAGAGGCGCGGGGGAAGUACUACAGCGACUGCGCGGAGAAGACGCCGGCGAAGAACUGCUUGGACGUGGACGACGCUCGUUGGUUGUGGGAUCGCUCCGCCGAGCUCACGGGCGUGGGUUUCGAUUCGCUGCUUUGA